AUGCGCACUUCACGCAUAUCGCGCGACACGUCGCGCAUCCUCGCCGCAAGCCGAACACUACGUCAGACCCGCUCCGGCGCGAACCCGCCGGUCCACGACCCUUCAGAUUCGGAAUUGAGCUCUGUGCCGACAGACGUAGGCUCAGAUGGCGAAUUCGCAACGCCCCCGCCUAAGAGAAGGAGGACCGUACGCGACACACCGGUCAAAGUCAAGCACGAGACCAAGGAGGCGACUCUGAACAGCAUCACGUCCCCGAAGGAAGCAAAGCCAAAAAAGGCACGUCGUAUACCUGCGAAGAAGAUCAAUGGUGUAGAUGGAAGUGUGAAGAUUGAGCCGCCACCCAAUUGGGAGGAGAUUUAUGCUUUGACACGGGAGAUGCGCAACGAGAACGUCGCGCCAGUGGACACAAUGGGUUGCGAGAGCCUAGCAGACAGACAGCGGAGUCCGCGCGACCAGCGCUUCCAGACCCUCAUAGCGCUCAUGUUGAGUAGCCAGACAAAGGACACGGUUACAGCUGUCGCCAUACGAGGCAUGCAGGAACGGAUGUCGGGCGGUUUCAAUCUCGAGUCUGUCCUCGCAAUCGAACCCGCUGAACUGAACGGCUUCAUCAACAAGGUUGGCUUCCAUAACCUCAAAACUAAGUACAUCAAGCAGACCGCCGAGAUCCUGCGCGACAAGUUCAACUCUGAUAUUCCCGACACAAUAGAAGGUCUGGUCUCACUCCCCGGAGUCGGUCCUAAGAUGGGAUAUCUUACACUGAGUGCUGCAUGGGGCCGCGACGAGGGCAUCGGUGUCGAUGUUCACGUACACCGCAUCACGAAUCUAUGGGGGUGGCACAAGACACAGAAUCCCGAGCAAACAAGAGCAGCGCUGGAAAGCUGGCUCCCAAAAGACAAAUGGCAUGAUAUCAACAAUCUGUUGGUCGGGCAUGGGCAAACGAUAUGUUUACCGGUGGGGAGAAAGUGUGGAGACUGCAAGUUGAGUGAGCGAGGCCUGUGUCCGAGUGCGGUUGUAGGGAUCAAGAAGAAAGUCAAGAAGGAAGCUGUUGUAAAAGCUGAGCCUGGAGAGGUAUUGGUCAAAGAAGAGACGGUCGCUGUCGAGGUUAGUCAGGUGAAGGCUGAGGAUGUGGAUAUCGCUGUUGGGGAUAUAGAGGAUAUUGGACAAGCACCUCACCAGCGCUCCUCACGGAGCAGACCCUGA